GUGAUGGAUACUGAAGAGAAACCCCAGAUGUACAUCGAUGUCAACAAACAUCCCAUGUCUCGUCCGACCAGGCAACCAUCCUUGAUGUAUGCUUUGAAACGCGACAGUUCCAGAAACUCGUCGCGGCGUAAACAUCGGGAUUUGCCUAAAAAUCCCGCCGAGGAUUCCACGAGCCCGCACUCCGACAGCAUACGAAACCGCAUGCGUUCUCGUACUCAGGUGAUGUGUAACACCAAGCAUCGUAUAACUUGUGCUUUAAUUGUCGACGAGAACCUGUGGGUGGGUAGGGAGAGUGGAGACAUCGUGGUGAUUGAUAUUUCUGGUGAGAUAGAUGGUAAAGACUACGGUUUUGUUCAUGGCGUUUUGACUUUAGAAGUUGAACGCGGCUUCGCAAAUAAAGGUAUCCACCAUAUGAUUCGUGUCGGAGGAGAUAAAGUCAUGAGUUGUUCCCGAUUCUUCCGCGAGCGUGAUACGAAGGAAGGACGGACGCAAACGGUUCCGGCGGCGAACCGACAGCUGUCCCGCACUUUGUCGCCAGUGCGCCUCCUUCGCCCGCACCCCUUCACCAGGACCACGCCGGCGGUGGCCGAGAAGCCUGUUGAAGAGAGAUGUGAGAACUAUCAGGUUUGCGUCUGGGAACGAUGGAGAAGCGACGAUUUCCGAGAAUUUUAUGAAUAUCACGAGAGCUUAGAAAAGGCUUUGUGAGGAACGAUAACAGGACGCCUUUCUUGGUGAAUACAACUUGAAAAUGGUCUGUUUUAAGAACGGUUUUAUUUGAGCCAAAAUUUCAACCCUUUCGCAUAAGAUUUGAUUUCGCUGGAGCAUAUCGUAGGAUGUUUCAUUUAAAAUCUCUAGAAUGGUUUAAUCCAGUUCAAUGGCUUAACCAAUCCUCUUUUUAACAUUUCCUCAUCUCGAAAUCAUCUUCAAACGACUUCUGCAUGAUUUUAGUACAAGCUACGAGGAAAUUAAGGCCAUUUGUGUAUCAUUUAUUUCCCCAAAACCAAAAUUAUGAAAUUUAGCCCAGAAUUAUCAGUGUUCGUAACAGUAACAGCUCUGACUAAAUUGAAUUUAACUCGACUUCAACUUAUGAUUUCGACAUUGUGAACCCAACGUAUGCAACUUUUUACAAUGCACAAAACGAAAAUCUGUUUUUAAAAUUUUACCAAUAAAUUUUUUUGUAUAGAAUUUUGCAGAUUAGAUAUUAUAUUAGAUUUUCUUUAAUGACAAUUUAACGAUAUUCUCGAUUGAUGCAAUAGAUAUGAUCGAUAGACAAUGGAUAUGAUCGAUAGACAAUAGAUAACUUAUUUCAGUACAUAAAAUGUUAAAAUUGACGUUUCGCUAAGCGUUGUUAGACCAUUUGAAAAAUUAGACAAUUUUCAAAGUUAGCUUUUAAAAAGAAUGGUUCUAUAUAUUCAUGUUUGUGGGACAACUAUUCUUUCCUAAUUUUUUAAUUGUGUAUAGACU